AUGUCUUCGGGCAUCCUGCCGACGAGUCGACCUCGACUGCGAUCUGGGGGAGACCCCUUCGAAUUGAUCGCUGGUGAUCCUUCCAUCGCUUAUUGUUUCCGUGCCAUCGGCAUAUCGAGUAAACUCGUACAGAGAACGAUUCUUCGCGGUGGAGUCGGCAAGAUCUCUAGGCUAAACCUGGAGCAAAAGUCUUCUUGUCCCCGUUCCCCGGCGCUCGUAGUAUGCUUUGAUCCUCUCCGACCCGCUGGACGGCCCACGGAGACAAACCUCCAAACCUCGUCCUACAGUAUCAAGACCUUGACCAGUAUCGUCCAUCAGAUCAUCCGGUACUGUAUCGUCAAGCUACUAGCACCUGGACCUCCAUUUCUGCCGGGGGACCUACAAUCAGUUGCUGCCAACCGUAGGCUAGAAGUCGUGAGAGAAGAGGUCCGACUCCCGCCUUGGGCUAGGGCAAUCUCGCAAGAUCACCGUUAUUACAGUCCUUUGAGCACGAUCAAGCCAUGGCGAUGGAUAUCAGGGCAUCUCAGGCCUUGCCGAAGAGCGAAGCCGAUCAAAAAGAAUCGCAAACUCGCAAACGGGCCGGAUUUACGAUCGUCUGACGCUGAACGCCGUUUAAUUCUCGACCUUCGACCUCGAAAACAUUCGGCCGAACUAUGCUCGAUCGCUGGACCUUAA